UUAAUAUAAUGUGCAGCUGUUUCACUCUUUAAUAUCUUUCAUGUUUAUUCUUUACUGUGUUCGUCUGUCUUCAGUCAUCAGAGGACGUUUGUUCUGGAGGUGAUGGGGCGUCACUGCGGGUACCUGGCGGUGGUCUCUGCUCUGGCGUCGGGAGCAGACUGGCUCUUCAUCCCCGAGGCUCCUCCGGAGGACGGCUGGGAGGAUCACAUGUGUGCUCGACUCGGAGAGAGCCGCAGUAAAGGCUCUCGUCUGAACAUCGUGAUCAUCGCAGAAGGAGCCAUCGACAAACACGGCCAGCUGAUCUCCUCCAACUACGUGAAAGACCUGGUGGUUCAGCGGUUGGGUUACGACACGCGGGUCACCGUCCUGGGUCACGUUCAACGAGGAGGAACGCCGUCUGCCUUUGAUCGCGUUCUGAGCAGUAAGAUGGGUGUGGAGGCGGUGGUGGCUCUGCUGGAGGCGACCCCUGAGACCCCGGCCUGUGUGAUCGGUCUCUCUGGGAAUCAGGCCAUGCGUCUGCCGCUCAUGGAGUGUGUGAACAUGACGAAAGAGGUUCAGAAAGCUAUGAACGAGAAGAGGUUUGAGGAGGCCAUCCAGCUGCGUGGAAAGAGUUUUGAGAACAACUGGAACACGUACAAGCUGUUAGCUCACCAGAAGCCAGCUCUGUCCAAGAGCAAUCACUCGAUGGCGAUCCUGAACGUGGGUGCUCCGGCCGCAGGGAUGAACGCCGCUGUGAGGUCCGCGGUUCGAGUCGGGCUCGCUCAGGGUCACAGGGUCUACACGGUCCACGACGGCUUCGAGGGUCUGGCCAAAGAUGCGGUGGCUGAGGUUCACUGGCAUGAUGUGGCUGGAUGGACGGGGCAGGGAGGAUCACUGCUGGGCACCAAACGAACUCUUCCAAACUCCUGCAUGGAGAACAUUGUCACCAAUAUCGGAAAAUACAACAUCCAGUCACUGCUGGUGAUUGGUGGAUUUGAGGCGUAUGAAGGAGUUCUUCAGCUGGUUGAGGCUCGAGGUCGUUAUGAUGAGCUGUGUAUCCCUAUGUGUGUGAUUCCUGCCACCAUCAGCAACAACGUGCCAGGCACAGACUUCAGUUUGGGAGCAGACACGGCUGUGAACGCUGCCAUGGAGAGUUGUGAUAAAAUCAAGCAGUCUGCGUCUGGAACCAAGCGGCGCGUCUUCAUCGUGGAGACCAUGGGCGGAUACUGCGGUUACCUAGCAACCACCACCGGCAUCGCCGUGGGAGCAGACGCCGUCUACAUCUUUGAGGAGUCGUUCAACAUCCGCGAGCUGGAGACGAACGUGGAGCAUCUGACGGAAAAAAUGAAGAAUGAUAUUCAGAGAGGUCUAGUGUUGAGGAAUGAGAAGUGUCACAAGCACUACACCACUGACUUCAUCUACAAUCUGUACUCGGCCGAGGGCAGAGGUGUGUUCGACUGCAGGGUCAAUGUCCUGGGUCACCUGCAGCAGGGCGGCGUUCCCACUUCGUUUGACAGGAACUUUGGCACCAAGCUGGGAGUGAAGUCGGUUCUGUGGCUCACAGAGAAGAUGAACGACACGUACAGACAGGGCCGUGUGUUUGCGAACGCUCCUGAUACGGCCUGCGUGAUCGGCAUGAAGAAGAAGGUGAUGUCGUUCAGCCCCGUCACUGAACUCAAAGCACACACCGACUUUGAACACCGGAUGCCGAAGGAGCAGUGGUGGCUCAAUCUGCGUCCCAUGUUGAAGAUGUUGGCCAAAUAUCAGACCAGUUUUGACGAGUACGUGACCGGAGAGAUCGAGCAUGUGACGCGCCGCUCGCUCAGCGUGGAGACGGGCUUCUGAUCUUCAUCAUCUUCUUCAUCAUCACACAUUAACCUCUGAGCCCUAGAGUCCUCUCUCAUCCUCGCUGUGUUCUGCGGUGCCUUUGUCUUGUAUUUAUUAGUUUCUAACCACUGAUCUGUUGUAAUAUUUUCUUCAUGUUAGUCUUUAUAGUUCAGUGAUUGUGAGGAGUUAGAUUUUUGGACACAGUCUUAUCUCUGUUGACUGAUUUAGUUUUUCUGGCUGUCGUUUGAUCCGCUCUGAUUAUAUUUGUGUAUAAUCUUGUUUUCUGUAACUAUUUUGGCUGUCGUUUGUUUCUUUAUUCCAGAAUUGUUGAUGUGU